AUGUAUUACCACUUUGCGGUCCUGCUGCUCUUCCGGCCCUUAAUUAAAUUACGUAUUAUUGGGUCCACGGUGUUGCCGCGAGACGUCUGUUUACAGGUUGCAAAUGCCAUGCAAAGCUUUCUCACAUCCUAUUCCCGACUAUACGCGAUGAAGCGGACGCCGUCCUUUAUGCCAUACUUCGUGCUGACCCCACCCAUCAUGCGCCUUGCCAUCAUGGUCGCAACAGUGCUGAUAAACGAGUUGGACACGGCAGCGCUGCUUCCCUCUACAAUCCAUGCCAACUCCGCCGAUCUCUCUUUCGUGUUCACCCCUGCAACCAAUUUCUCCGACUACGCGAUGUUUUCUUCUUUCGCGCAGGAAAAGCUCUACGUCCACCCGGAAAUUGACUCCGAUGAUGGCCCAGAAACACCCUUAAGCUCUCGAAGUAUGGGCUUUUACACGAUCUCCCCCGCGGAUCACGCAAGUACAGGAGUCUCUGACGACCCCUCAAGGUCUGGUACACCAGGUCAUGGCGAACAUACCAACGAUGACAUGGCUGCCUCUAACAGGCCCUCACACCAGGUUGACUACCUAUCUCACAAUUGGAGGGACGAGGAUAUCUGGUCCUCGUGGCGAUAUAUUGCGAUGCGACGUGGAGAGUUACCCAACAGCAUACGAUUAAAAAAUGCUGUUUGGAGAACGCGGGUUAAGACCAAGAACAACAUGAAAACAAUUUCCCCUGAGACGCUCGAUUGGCUUCUUUAUGUUCCACUGUGCUCGGUACAAAAUGCCCUUAAUUCAGUCCAAACCGAGCUUUCUAAGGUACCAUUACCCAGAACUUAUUUACAUGUGAAUCUCGAUAGGAACCCAAUCCUAAGGAAGCGGAGCAUGUCUGAAGAGACGCUCCAGAUCAUUAUCAACAUGGAGGAGACCAGAGAUAUCUUGGGCCCUCAUACGAGCCGUUCAACAACCGACUAUCCCUAUCAACCUUUUUCUCAAAGACGACUGGGCGAAGAAAGCAGUAGUGCCAAUACAUCCACAGAGUCCUCUGAGGUCACAUCCCGCAACUGUGAGCGAAAGCACACCCAUUUCAACGAACGGGGCGUCGAUCACGAUAAUGACGAGCUGGACACCGGCCAUUACGGCGAUGGUAGUGACCCAGGCUAUGACAUAAUGGUGAAGCGCACGAAGACAAGGAAGUCACUGCUCUUUCAACGAAAGACUUCUGAGUCAAAGCCAGCUAAAGGAGAGACGAUUGCAAUGCUUCCGUCCACUACCCUCAAAUACCGGGAAGACGCUCCAGAACCACGAGGGACGGCUAGAAAGCCCUCUCGAAGCCCUAUCAUACCCUCUUUGUCGCAAGGUAUUGUUAGACUUGCCAAGAAGCCCCCAAUGUUAUUCAUUGGUGAAGAAAAUGAUGACGACAGCCUCAAUCAUUUACUGCUGAGCCCCGGCACAGACUGGCCGUCAUCGCCCGCUGAAGAUGCCAACAGCGGCCUUUCCCGGUCUCUCUUUUCAGAAAGCCUUUGUGAAGUGUUUGCGGGUAUGCGAACGAUUCCUUCUGGCAUGUUUACGCUCUACGAGGAGGGAGGAGUAUCUUCGACGGACGGCAUUCUUGAACGUGUUAUCGACACGGUUAACACCGCCCGUGACAUUGCUCAUGUUAUCUGGAGCGUCGGCUGGAAGAAGUAA